AUGGAUGAACAGUGCUGCUCGACCGAGUGUCUAGCUCAGGACCGACCGAUCACAUCCCGCAACAGAUACCUAAUGUCGCCAGCAAAUUCUUCGGAAAGCUACCCUCCAAUGAAGCAUCCGAACCAGGCAUUUGCCAGUGAUAACAUUACUACACGCAACAGCAGUUGUUCACCACCGGCAGCCAACCUAUCACACGGUGUGCUCUACUGUCACGAAUAUCCUCAACAACAAAGCUAUCAGCUCUAUACAAAUCAACCCUUGGCCGUACCUCAAUCAACUUCUACGCUGUCUGUUAAUUCCGCAUCCGCAGUAUUGGGACAAAAUUUGACUGUUCAUCCUUACAACGACUACUGCCAGUCGACAAUGGGUGAAUAUCUCAACGAUCGCUGCUCGGUAAUCAGUUCCACGUACAAUGAGCACGAAGCGGCAGCUGAAAACAGAACAGAAUCCUCGCACAAUACCACCAAAACGAACGAACGUGACCACUGCAGCCUUUUCAACUGUCUGACCGUCGCAGACCGACAGCCGUUGCACUAUGGCCACGCGGAUAUGUGCCCGGUGCCCUGCGCAGAUGUGCAUCCAUUUUUGCGCCACCAGCAAGAGCUCGACGGUGCCGUAAGCUAUCUAACCAACGGCAGUAAUUACAGUGAGCAUGCUGCCAAGCAAAGGCUGAAGGGCGACAGCAAUCGUACACCGGAAAACUUUCUCGACGAUGUGCUACCAUUUCUAUACAACGAGCUUGAACCAUCGGCUGAUAUGUUGAACGCUCUGUCGUACGAAAAACCCAACUCGGAGCUGGCAAAGGACGAUAAGUGCAUUCAGCCAUGGUCUAGUGGUGCACCAUUAUUAAGACAGCUGCUUUUUAGUACCACGGGCGUUGAAGAUGAAAGUGCAAAGGAAACAAACAACAACGACGUUGCUCACAGUCCAAUACGGCCAAAGGAAAACCAUUCCGGCGACACCAACAAAUCGUCAGAACAACCACAAAAACCAAUCUCAAAGUUAUCGGGUAUUGCUAAUCGCAAAGCACGCACCGCGUUCACAAAGUCUCAGAUAAAGGCGCUUGAAUCGGAAUAUGCUCAUUCGCACUACUUGACCCGGCUGCGUCGGUACGAGAUCGCCGUGGCGCUUAUGUUAAGCGAAAGACAGGUCAAAGUUUGGUUUCAGAAUAGACGCAUGAAAAUGAAACGAAUGCGAUCGUCCUAA